AUGGUGGUUGUUGACGCGUUGGGUCCGUUCCCUCCGACGGAAUGGGAACAAGAUUGUCCUGAUAUUCGUCGACUACUUCACACGCUGACCGGAGGCAUUUGCAGUUCCGGAUUUAAAGUCGUCGACGUUCGUCCGUGUGUUCGUAGACGAGGUCUUGUGCAGAUACGGGGUACCCGAUCAGCCACUUUGGGAUCGAGGUACGGUACCAACUUUGUGUCCCAGUUGGCCCACUCAUUAUACCAAACGUUGGGAAUUGAGAAGAUGGCGAGCGCCCCAGGACAUCCGCAGGGUCAAGGGCUGGUUGAACGUUUCAACCAUACCUUGGCUACGAUGCUGAAGAUGUUUGUGAGCUCGUCGACGCUCGGCGACUCUCCGUUUUUCUGUUUGUUUGGACACGACCUGGUUCAGCCGUUGGACAUCGUGUUUUUGCGAAUCAGGACCCACCAUGGAAGUCGAAUGACCUUCCUCAGUGGCGACGGAAGCUGUUUGCAUGGUGAUAAUACGUUCCGUAUCUACCUUCCAUCUCAUCUGGACCGGGUGGUGCCGAUCAAAGUGGACCGGUUGAAGAAAUUCCAGGGGUAUUGGUCUCGUCCGUAUGAUGACGACAUACCAGAAUGGUUGCUGCGCCGCACGCCAUCGGAUGACGACUGGAGCCCAGCGUUCGACGAGGGCGAUCCGAACGACGCGUGGCUCGCCUCUGAAUUGCUGCCGGAAAGCAGCUUUGUCGGACGGGCCCAGUUCCCUGACUGA